GAGUCUAGUGGACACACUUUUUGUGUUUCUUAAAAAAUAUCGUUUAAGAGCGCUGUAGGAGGCCAAAAUGGGGCGAGUAAAUAGUGCACAGCGUAAAGGUGCGGGAUCCGUAUUCACGGCCCACACCAAAAAGCGAAAGGGACAACCCAAACUGCGUCUUCUGGAUUACGCCGAGCGACAUGGUUACAUGAAGGGAGUCGUGAAACAAAUCAUCCACGAUCCAGGCCGUGGCGCCACGCUGGCCGUCGUCCACUUCCGGUACCCGUACAAGUUCAAGGUCCGUAAGCAGCUGUUUAUCGCCGCCGAGGGUAUGUACACCGGUCAGUUUGUGUACUGCGGAAAACGCGCCCAGCUGCAAAUCAGAAACGUGCUCUCGAUCGGUCUGAUGCCCGAAAGUACCAUCGUGUGCAACCUGGAGGAGAAGACCGGUGAUCGGGGCAAGCUGGCCCGUACCUCCGGCAACUAUGCCUCGGUCAUUGCCCACAAUCCGGAUAUCAAGCGUACCCGUGUGAAGCUGCCGUCCGGCGCCAAGAAGGUUCUUCCUUCGAACAACCGAGCCAUGGUCGGUAUCGUUGCCGGUGGUGGUCGUAUCGAAUUAUACAUUAAUCUCAUCAAGGUCCGCAGAUCAAUCGGUGUGUACCUUUUAUAA